AUGGGCGUUUGGACGACUAUCGCGCGGAUCGCCGCCCGCAUAAAUAUGUUGCGCGAACCCAAGUUGGCCUGGCUCGCACAGCGAACUGCCAACCCGUCGCUGUCCAUCGCAAUCCCACGAUCGCUGUCGCGCGGUUCGAGAUCGUGUGGUCGAUCGGCGGUGUCUGGGUGGUCACCUACUUGGGGUCAAGCCACGGGGUCGACCGCGGCGCAAGCGCAAGCCUGGUCGAGCGUGCGGGCAACUGCUGCGCAGGUGGCAGCGCGAUUGUCUGCGGCUCGGCCGGUUAAUCCGUUUGCGGGGUACAAUUCGCCACCGGGGCCUCAGCGGGAACGUCAAUUCACAGAGGCGGAGCGGCAAGCAGCCGCAGAUUCUCAGGCGGGAGCGCGGGCGAUUGCGGCUCCGUUGCAAGUGGUGGCGAAGUUGGUGCGUCCGAUGUCGCGGGCGUCAACGCUAGGGACGCCGGAGGAGGAGGAGAAGUCGCCGCGGGAUCCAGAGCAUCUUGGUCCGACUGACCAUGCGGAGGACGGUAAAGGGGCCGUGCCAAGUACUGCGGAGCUUGACGUUGGAGGACAUCCCGACUUCGCGGAUACGGAAAGCAUGGACGGGAACCGCCGACUUGUGGUGGAGGACUUGGUCGCCGGCAGCGAAAGUCGCGAGGUUGCAGCAACCAUGUUUGUAGGCUUGAGUUCAUUGGUGCUGCUGAGCGGCAGCGAUGCUGUGAUGAAUCUGUUGCAUGGUUGA